AUGGUGACUUACCGCGACUCGGAGGGCGACUCGGUUGAUCUUAUAGACGAUAGGGAUUUAAAGGAUGCGCUGUUUCUGCAAAAGCUGAAUCCGCUCAGAUUGAGUGUGACUGUAGAGGAAGAAGAGUAUGAGGAGGAGGAUGAGGAGGACGAGGGAGGAGCGGAGGAGGGAGAGGGGGAGAGGGUGGGGGAGGUGAGCGGAAGGGAAGCCGCGGAGGGGGAAGGGCAGGCGGAAGGGGGGGAAGGUGAGAGGGGAGUAACAGAUGGAGUAAAGGCGGAGGAAGCUACGCAGAAGGCGCCUGAGGGAACGGAGGGUGCAAUUCCGAACGGGACAGCAACACCCGGAGAACCCACCGGGAAAAAAAUCUCCGGAAAGAAAGCAGCAACGAAGAAAGCGAGGGGAGGCGGCAGGAGCAGGUGGAGCAAGCAGGGGCGGAAGGCGGAGGGAAUCGAGGGGAUCGGUGCAGAGCGUGUGUAUAUCCAUGUGCAGUCAGCGUUGGGUGUGGAGCUUCGGGAAGACCAUGGGGCCACGGACCUUCUCCUGGGGGUGACUCUAGAGAAAAUCAACGCUGUCGUGGCUGCUGCGGUUAAGAACCGCUCCUCUCUCCUCCUCCAAAUCUCCUUUGCUCCAGGCCAUGCUGCCGAUGCGGCUGCUGAUGUUUCUGCUGCUGCUGCUGCAGCUGGUGGUUUGCCGAUUCUGGGAUCUUCUGGAGUCGUUUCAGCAGGUGCGAAGCUCCCUGUUACCGCCGCCGCCGCCGCUGCUGCUUACCCUGCUGCUGCGCCAAGAAAGGCGAUUGUGGGAACCCAAGGAGUGGGAUCAGCAGCAGCAGGACUGGCCGCUCUCCAUGCCACCACCACCACCACCAGCAUCAGCGGCACCAGCGGCGGCGGCGGUAGGCUUACAGUCACUCCGCCAGUCCCGGGGCUUGUGCCUGCAGGAGCAGUAAUUGGCGGAGUCUCUGGAGCCAUGGCCAAGGCUGGGGCACUGGCAGGAGGAGCAGCAGGGGGGAGAGUGCCGCUGUCGGUCCCUGUGGGCGGGCAAGGGAAGGGGGUAGAUGUUGAGGAGAAGGGGGAUGAGGCGUACCUUGUAGCUGCAGCUGCAGCGGCGGCGGCAGCGGCGGCGGCAGCGGUGGUGCAUGAGGGGAUUGAGUGUGACCUGUGCCGUUCCUCCUCCCUCCACGGCCCUGGCCAUCUCUUUGUUGUGCCCCUUCGCGUGUGUGCAUCUCCCUCCUUUCUUGCCGGAUUUUGUGGCAAUUUCAGCCUGCCACCUCUUUGUGCCCCUUGCCUUGUGUGCGUCUCCCUCCUUCCUUUCCGUCCGUCCCUGCAUGUCAACCUCAGCCUGCCGGACUUUGACCUCCUGCCGGACUUUGACCUGUGCCGAGUGUGCUACGAGGCGGAUGGGGAGCAGGGCUGCUACGAUGAGUUCAUUCAGCCCUUGCCCGCCUCCCCACGCCCUCGGUAA